AUGCACUCUCGUCUAGCCUCCCCUCUCGUGCUCCCUUGUCUCCUACCCAUCUUUCUCUCGUGCUCCCUCGCAUGCCGUGGUAUCCCCGGCCAAAGCCUCGAUUAUGGCAAUUCCCUCUCUCGUGCCAGGCCACUCAUUCCCUCUCCAUCCCUCUCGCACACCCCCUCUCAUACACACUCAUCCCCUCUCCAUCCCUCUCGCACACCCCCUCUCAUACACACUCAUCCCCUCUCCAUCCCUCUCGCACACCCCCUCUCAUACACACUCAUCCCCUCUCCAUCCCUCUCGCACACCCCCUCUCAUACACACUCAUCCCCUCUCCAUCCCUCUCGCACACCCCCUCUCAUACACACUCAUCCCCUCUCCAUCCCUCUCGCACACCCCCUCUCAUACACACUCAUCCCCUCUCCAUCCCUCUCGCACACCCCCUCUCAUACACACUCAUCCCCUCUCCAUCCCUCUCGCACACCCCCUCUCAUACACACUCAUCCCCUCUCCAUCCCUCUCGCACACCCCCUCUCAUACACACUCAUCCCCUCUCCAUCCCUCUCGCACACCCCCUCUCAUACACACUCAUCCCCUCUCCAUCCCUCUCGCACACCCCCUCUCAUACACACUCAUCCCCUCUCCAUCCCUCUCGCACACCCCCUCUCAUACACACUCAUCCCCUCUCCAUCCCUCUCGCACACCCCCUCUCAUACACACUCAUCCCCUCUCCAUCCCUCUCGCACACCCCCUCUCAUACACUCUCAUCCCCUCUCCAUCCCUCUCGCACACCCCCUCUCAUACACACUCAUCCCCUCUCCAUCCCUCUCGCACACCCCCUCUCAUACACACUCAUCCCCUCUCCAUCCCUCUCGCACACCCCCUCUCAUACACUCUCAUCCCCUCUCCAUCCCUCUCGCACACCCCCUCUCAUACACACUCAUCCCCUCUCCAUCCCUCUCGCACACCCCCUCUCAUACACACUCAUCCCCUCUCCAUCCCUCUCGCACACCCCCUCUCAUACACACUCAUCCCCUCUCCAUCCCUCUCGCACACCCCCUCUCAUACACUCUCAUCCCCUCUCCAUCCCUCUCGCACACCCCCUCUCAUACACACUCAUCCCCUCUCCAUCCCAGGGCGACAUGGACUGCACCAUCUGCGUCCGUCAUUGUUUGCACUGACAAUUGCCCUGCGGGGGUUUGCAAAGCCUCCCACAACACUCUGUUGGCUGCACGGACCUCGCAGGUUCGGGCAUUAUGA